AUGGAUGGGUCACAUAUACCUAUUCAUGCACCUUUUAAGAAUGAUGCACGAUAUGUAAAUCGUAAAAGUUUUCAUUCCAUUAAUCUUCUUGGAAUUGUUGAUCAUCAGGAGCGAAGUGUACAUGAUGCUCGAGUAUUCUCUCGCUCAUCUCUUUAUCAUGAAAUUUCUCUACAUCCUGAACAAUGGGUUCCAG